CGAGCGUUUUCGUCACUCAAUACACAUUUCCAAACAGCUGUUGUAAAUAAACGAAUGACAUACUGCUAGCUAGGCUUUGAUACCGGCAACAAGUAUAUAUUUUUUCAAGAUUUUACUACUUUCGAUAUCCAUUACAGGCGUUUGCCUCCUAACAAUUGACUAAACGAAAGUUACCGGCAUUCAGACCUGAAUUUAAACUGCCACCGCCUCAGCGCUCUUUGGAACAUCAAAACGUGAUGCAUUUAACGUUAGCUAGCUAACGUAGCAAAUUGGUACUAACGAGUUAACGUUAGCAGGCUACUAGUAGCAAGGUAACGUUACGACUUGGACCAAGGGGAAUUGAGCAGUUAGCUAACAGUCUGACUCCGUAACUUAUUGUUAGCAAUCUGGACAGCUGACCAGGCAGCUAACUAGUUUACGCCCGCUGCUUUGCUGGAGAAGUCGGCCCACGCAAAGAAAGCCGGGCAGACGCGCCCACUUAACAUUAGCUAGGUAGCUAACUAACGUUGAUGCGCCUAUCUCCCGCCUGUCCGCUGGUCAGACCGGGGAGAUUGCCCUGUCACGGAGCUUCGUUGUGGCCGAUGACACCGGCCCCCUUUUCCGAGGGAAGCAAAGCACCAGUUCCUGGAAAGUCGAAGAGUAAACCACAACGCUAGCUAAGGUUAGCUAUCCUACUCCAACCCGAACGGGACCGUGGCUGUGUGCGUAGUGACAGCUCUGUAUUUGAUUGUAGUUAACUAUCCAGCUAACCGUUUGCCAGGGCUGUUGGACCAGUGUUAUAGAGCGAUGGGGGAGUUAAAUAAAGAGGUUGUGGAUCUAGUUUGGAAAAGACCAGGCAGUAACGGGGUGUCUGCUUCACUCUUCCGGAGAUGGACCCAAGGGUUGGUCUUCAGUGAGACAGAACACACAGCACUGGAGCAGUUUGAAGGAGGGCCCUGUGCUGUCAUUGCUCCUGUACAGGCCUUCCUUCUGAAGAACAUCUUGUUUAACAGAGAGAGUUCUAACUGGAGACACAUCACAGAGGAGGAGCAGAAAGCGGCCCUGUGUUCUACUCUGGCUGAGAUCCUGGAACAGGCCUGCUCUACUUCCUCCUACUGCCUGGUGACCUGGGCCAAAAGACAGUGCCCCCACACUACCACUCAUACACCCCUCACGGGGGGUCCAGAGACCAGCCAGACCCCGCAAGACCAACAACCAACUGCUUUGGCUGAUGAGGAUCUUGGCUUUGAGCGGUUUCACAGCAUCCUCCAGAAGCGUAUUGUGAAGUCAUUAUCAGAGCUUAGAGAGGAGGUGGUGUCUCUCUACGAAACCUGGAAAGGGCGCUGUGGAGUCCUGCUCUUCCUCUACUCUGUCAUCCUCACCAAGGGGAUAGUUAACAUCAGGAAUGAGAUUGAAGAUACUGCAGAGCCUCUCGUAGAUCCAGUCUAUGGCCACGGCAGUCAGAGUCUGGUUAACCUGUUAGUGACGGGUCAUGCUGUCUCUAAUGUGUGGGAUGGAGACAGGGAGUGCUCUGGCAUGAAGCUCCAUGGUAUCCACAACCAGGCAUCCGUGGGCUUCCUCACUCUCAUGGAGUCACUACGCUACUGCAAGGUGGGUGCAUUCCUGAAGUCUCCUAAGUUCCCUAUAUGGAUCCUUGGCAGUGAGACUCAUCUCUCAGUGUUCUUCGCCAAGGAGAUGUGUCUGGUGGCUCCUGAGUCUCCGUCUGAACAGGCCAGGAGAGUCUUCCAAACCUUCGACCCAGAAGAUAACGGCUUUAUUCCAGACUCUCUGUUGGAGGAGGUGAUGAAGGCACUAGACCUCGUCUCAGAACCUGAAUACUAUGUGAGUCUGAUGAAGAGUAAGUUGGAUCCAGAGGGCUUGGGGAUCGUGCUGCUGGCUCCGUUCCUCCUGGAGUUCUUCCCUGAUCAGACAGGGACUCUGUGGCAGGGAAGCAUGGCUGAAGAGUGGGAGAGCGAGAGGCAAAGAGAAAGAAAGGAUACUGGAAUCCCAGACUCCUUCCCUGUCUACCACUACAAUGGCCUGAAACAGUCCAACCACAACGAGAGGGUGGAGUAUGUGCAGGGUACAGCCCUGGUCCUGGGCUUUGAGGACCCCAUGGUGAGGACAGAUGACACUCCAGUGAAGCGCUGCCUCCAGACCAAGUGGCCCUACAUAGAACUGCUGUGGAAUACUGAACGCUCCCCUUCACUUAACUAACUCACUGCUAGGGUGGUAGAGGACUGACUGAUCUCCACAGGAAGGAAGGCCACAAAGACUGAGACACACAGUACAUGUACAUUGCUGCACACACUCACACAGAGAAAUUUGCUCACUGUCCUGGGCAGGACAAAAACACACAGAACAUAUAUGCCACUACACACACACUUGACAUACAGACACACUUGUUUACUGUUAAUGCUGUUGUGUUUUACAUGACUAAAUGAAGUCACAGGAUGUUUUUGGUUUGUUGUAAAAAGCUGAAUGAAUUAUUAUUGUCACCCUGUAGAUGACUGUUUUAUACUCUGGGAUAUAUGUACUUAAUAAGAACUACAUAUAAAGGAAACAGCUGACCUCGUUGGAUGUAAACCUGUAACUGACUGACUGGAACUAUGCUUCUGUAACACCCAGCUUUCUGACUGUUAAAGAGAUAAACAACCAAAGCUUUCCGCAAGACACAUAUGCGUGCGCACACACACACACUCCUAUUCUAACUACAGCUGAGUUAGUUUGACCUCUUAAUACUGAGGCAGGGUAUCCCUGACCCAGAUUAGGUUACUGCAUUAUCUCCAUUGAAAUAGUCCGGGAGCAGCCUAAAUCUGGGGCUGGGAAAGUAGCCUCAAUGGUUUUCACAGGAGAUUACGCGCACACACACCCUGGUGUUUACAGCAUAAAGGGACCAAUCACAGCAGAGACAUUCCUCCUGUUUAGUUGUUUGACCUGGAAGUAGAACCUUUGGCUGGUUUUACACGUUGCGCAACUUCUCUCUUCACACCAACACAGGAAGUGAUAUGGUAUUUAUUGUCACACACCCCCCCCAAACGAAUAAACCAUUUUUUUCUUCA